AAGACCACAGUUGGUGAAAAAGCUGCUGACUUAUCACAAAGUGAUCAAGAUGUUGCGCAGUACCAGCUCUCUAGUUGUGUGCUAUCAAGCUGCAGACAACUGGUGUACCAAACGACAGAUUUUAUCAAUAUUGGCCCACAACAUGACAAAGCAAAGACUCAUGCAACUGAUUCCGGGGCUCACCAUCUACAGGAUAGAUGCAGCAAGAAAGCAUGCUAAGGAAAGUGGUGGAGGGCAACCAGUAGAGUUGGAGCCAAUAACAAGACUACAGAAGAGCAAGGUUGAUCACUUUAUUCAAUUCAUCUCACGCCCAGAGUUUGUUCAAGACGUUGCAUUUGGGACCAGGAGACUGAAGCUCAGUCAUGGAGAAAAGAUUGAAAUCCCAAAUGUUGUUCGAACCGUCGUCGUGUCUCGUCUUGUUGAUUUAUAUCAAGUUUACUGUCAAGAGAUUGGAAUCACUCCACUUGGUCGUAGCUCACUGUUCAGUAUCACUCAGGUGUGUGCUGCUGCCAAUACCUGAAAUCGGACUUCAAACUCCAUUUUCAGGAAAACAAUUCCUGUCCUGAUCACUGUUGGACUUAUG